AUGGCUAAUGAUAAUGGUGAUGGAGACAAAUGGUAUAAAACUAUACCUGUUAUCGGCGAAAUCGAUAGUUGGACAAAUGAUGACUCAUGGCAAGAUCGUGCCUUCCAUAAAUUCAAACGUUGCAUUACUCUUACGUUGAUUGGUUUGGAUGUAGCAGCAUUUUACUUAUCAAAACGCUGGGGUAUUGCAUCUACCGUAGUGUCAAAUCUGAUCUGGCAAAAGGACUGGGAUCAAUUAAGAAGUUAUUUUAAUAAAAUGACUGAUGAGGAUGCUAAAGCAACUUACCUGUGGUUACAUGCAUGGAGCCCUUGCGGUUAA